GCACCUGGACGGAUCUCAGCUGCGUCUACGACAGGUCAGCAGGACGCACAUGGGAGCUUACCUCUGCAUAGCCUCCAAUGGUGUUCCUCCUUCAGUCAGCAAGAGGAUCACCCUUGAUGUCGAGUUUGCUCCUCAGAUGCAUGUACCUAACCAGCUGUUAGGUGCUCUACGAGGUUCAGAGGUUUACCUUGAGUGUUUCGUGGAGGCUCACCCUCGAGCUAUUACUUACUGGGAGUACCGGGAUGCCAUGGUCAUGAAUACGAGUCGAGUUACAACUCACACCUUGGAGGAGAACUAUAAGAUACACAUGGUGCUUAAUAUUAAAGAUCUCGAGGAGGGAGACUUUGGCAUAUACAAGUGCAUCUCCAAAAAUUCCAUUGCAGAGACAGAUGGUUCCAUCACAUUAAAUGAGACGUUUCGACCGACCUUACCGCCCCUGAUCAAGUCUGAGAAACCAGCAAUUGAUGAGGAAGACCCUACACACUGGAUCCCAGACCGACUCAACAGUAAGGACUCGAGGAGGAGGAAGGAGGAGGAGAGGAGGAGAAAGGAGAAGGAGCAGGAGGAGAGGAGACGCUUAGAAGAGAAGAGGAUGAUGGAUCGAGAGCACCAGUGGCGUCACAGGAACGAUCCCGUCAUCAGGAUUAACAACAUCACAGGCUUACAUUGUGAUUAUUUAAUUACAAAAAUGAGCUGCGGUGCAAAGAGCCACUAUCAUGCCACGCCAUUAUGA